UCGGGUGCUGGUGCCCCUUCUCCGGGACGAGGAGGCUGCAUCGCAUCCGGCCAAAGGCAUACCGGCCAGUUUUCGUUGCACCCAAUACCCCAAUUGCAGGGUCCCUUUGAAGAAUCAAUUGCGGAGGCUCGCCAUACAGCACGAUGGGACACAGUCGAGCUUGACGCUCCAACUAGACGCCGAGAUCUCCUUGAGACACCCAAAUAUGAGCGGCUCUGUGGUCGUAAAUGGCGCCAAAGAGCCGAUGAACGGUAAGUAAUCGAGCCACAGUCGCCACAAACGCUAUUCAGUGACACGGCAUGCUGAAUUGUGGCAGGUAUCAUCCACUCUGGAAGCUUACCGCGCAAAUGUCUUUUGGCGUUCAUCUCCUUGUUAGAGGAUUGGCCAAGUCAGAUGUGGAGGUUUUGAGAAUUCUUCAAUCCCAUGUGGAUGAAGUGGAUGGAUUCUUGGGGAGAACUGCGGAGGAUUUUUCCAUCAUACAGCUUGAUGUGCGCACACGCAUACAGUACCUUAGUCUACCUCUGGAAAACCUAGGUGUUUUCGAUGAGAUGCUGGGGGACCGUAGCUUUCGUCUCUCCAUCGCUGAUUAUAACGAGAGGAUUGAACAUGCAAUCGAAAGAUUCACAAUCGCAGUCCAGGACGCCUUGAAGGAUAUAAAGAAAGGACGGGAAGCGAUCGGUGCCCUCUGGAGAUACCUUUUCGAAUCGGCGAACGAGAACGGCCCAAUGCCGGGUAGAUUGGUAGCGAUCUAUAAUGCCAUGCUAUCAAACGCAGAGGGCUGGAACAGUGCAUUCUCAGAGCUCGAGCGCAAAGGCGUGGCCCUCCAAUAUGCACUUGGUCAGCUCGGCUUGGCUAUAACUGAAAUGCAGCGGCGUGUCGGUGUGGCAAGUCGAAAGUCCGUGGUUUCCUUCGCACGGCGCUCCAACCGGCUUCUGCGAGGACGAUCGCUCAAAGAACGAGUAUUUGAAAAGGACUCAAACGCCGGAACCUGUUCUCCCAUAUCAUACAAACCUCUGCCUCGUGCACCAGACCUUCCGCAAUCAGCGCCUAAUUUGUGGCCGAAUGAACGCCGAAGGUUGAUGCAGAAAAGUGUUCCAAACUUGCGAGCGGCCGGAAGAAGUACGGGAGAAAGCGCUUCCCAGAUGAUGGACCGAGCAGCGUCCGUCGGUGCAGUGACGGACAGAAAGGCCUCCAAAGUAUUCGCUCCCAGCAUUCGGCGCAAUGUAGUGACGACCUCAAAAUCCAUAUCGAAGCCGACGGAACCUCAAGACCAGUCAGUCCAGAGACCAUCCACAGCGCCAUCCAGGGCGUCAAGGGCACGGAGUAUCUCUCUGGAUCACCUCAAAUUCUUGCAUAAAAGCCGGAAACGCGAAGGAGAAUCAGCACCAGUCCCAGCCGAACACUCCCCUAUGCCACACGUAUCAUUGAGGCGGGAGACGAUGAAAGCCCAAUUGCUGCAGUUCUUCAGGUCUGACCGCGUGCAGGAUGCUUGGGAGACUGCAGCACGCAAUGAGGACGAGGCUACUGUUGAGAAUAGUUCCGGACUCAAGAAGGACGGACCGUGGAGCAAAUUUCAAAUGGCAUCGUCCAAGAAUACCGGUGCGGCGCAUGGAACCCAUCCCGACGUUCUCGAGCCAACCUCCGCCGAAGACAUGGCAUGGCUUCCGAAAAAGGACUCGGAAACGCUCAACACCUACUCACUCAAGCCAAAAUCCAAUACAGCGCCUCGCUUCCACUUGUUCCCCGCCCAGACAAGCCUGCCUCAAGAGAUGAAGGCGCUCAAGAUCAGGGGUACCGCCUACGAGAGUCUCGGAAAGCAAAAAGAAACCUUGCAACCGGUGAUUACAGCCCUUCCUUCGAUACUCGGGCCAGAGGCACACAAAGCGGACUUGCAUCAAUCCCCAGCUGCGCAACAAUGAACAUGAUAUUCCCCUGUGAUGUCUCAACCGUGGAUCGACUGAAGUUCAGGAGGAUUGCUUGUUUUCAGGAUGGAAUGACCGAUGCCACAGGCUGUUAAGGUGCGUAAUACGCCGAGGGUGCCGAGUGGGGCCCGCCAUGAAUACAGCCUUCCUUACAACGUUAAAAGAUUUAUGAUGGGGGGAGUUUGAGUUUUAAAGAUCAUACACCUCCUGUGCUUACGAGGCGGAGUCUUGUAGAUUUGGUACACAACCAUAGCAACAGCCGAUUGAUGAAA